AUGAAAAGGAAAGGCGGGAAUUCAGUGCCACAGCAGUGCAAGCUCAUCAGUCUGUAGUGCGCGCUGGGAUCUGGACGUCCGGGCUCGGAUUCUUCGCGAGGGGCUUAGAGACCCUCAGCUCCACUCCACCCUCACCGAGGUCUAGCCCGCCAGAUCCGGGACCAGGUGGCCUGAGCAGCCCAGAAGCCAAGGUGACAUCCAUCUCUCCUGCCUGAAGGCCCGGAUAUUUUAUCAGACUCAGCGACUAGUUCCUAUAAAAGAUCACCAUGAAGAUACAUCCCUCCUUAGUGGUGAAACAAUCUUGCCCAGACUUGAUCAUCUAUGCAGGAGAAGUGACUCUUGGAGAAAAAGAUCGAAAUAAAAUGGACUCAAAGAAGAGAAGGCUGGAGAAGACAAGGAUUACAGAGGCUGCUUGUGCUCUGCUAAACUCUGGAGGAGGAGUGAUCACUAUACAAAUGGCCAACAAGAGUGAGCGUCCUGUGGAGAUGGGACUGGAUUUGGAAAAGUCUUUGAGAGAGCUUAUUCUGUCCCCUAAUUUGCAAGUUUUCUUUGAGACAAAGCAAAGAGAGGACCAGUUUUACAUUUUUGUUAAAUCUUGGAACUGUGGCCCUGAAGAUGGUUCUGAUAAACCUCGAAUUUGCAGCCUGGCCUCUUCCCUAUACUGUCGAUCUUUAACUUCUAAGGUUGCCAUGGAUUCAAGAGAUGCAUUUAACUUUCUGAAAGACAAGAAGGCAUGUGUCAAAUACAGUCCGACUGAUGACACAGCUCCACCUGUUAAAAUUCCCAGAGCCACAUGUCAGAACAGCCUUGAAUCAGAUUCAGUUUUCGAAAUUUUCCAAAGUGAGAAACUCGAAUAUGGCCAACACUUGCCCUUUUCUGAAUCCACAUUUGUAGAGUUUAAAGAAUUCUCUACCAAAAAUGCCCAAGAAUAUAUAAAAAACAUAAUUCCAGAGUACGUCUCCGCAUUUGCAAAUACCCAUGGAGGCUAUCUUUUCAUUGGAGUGGAUGAUGAGAGUAAGAGCGUCCUGGGAUGCCCAAAAGACAACAUUGACCCUGACUCUUUCAAAAGAGUGGCAAAUGAAGCAAUAUCCAAGCUGCCAGUUUUCCAUUUUUGUUCUUCUAGAGACAAGGUGUUGUAUGAGACCAGAGUCAUAGAUGUGUUUCAAGAGGGAAAUUUGUAUGGUUAUCUCUGUGUGAUCAAAGUAGAGCCGUUCUGCUGUAUGGUGUUCUCAGCAGCUCCCAUUUCAUGGAUGGUAGACAAGGAAGAAGGUGUCUACAGCCUGAACACCGAGGAAUGGGUACACAUGAUGGUGGGUGUUGGCCCAGAGACAGCUUCCGAUGAGCAAUCUUCCCUCAAUGACCUAUGUAACAAUUUUGAAUGUCAGCUAAGUCUAUCCAAUAGCCCUCCACGCUGCAGACCAGUGUAUUCUAAGAAAGGAUUGGAACAUAAAGUCGACCUACAACAGCGUUUAUUUCCAGUGUCAGCAUACUGUUUAAAGCAUACGCCUGAAUCCCUCUGGAGGGAGCUGUGUUCCCAGCAUGAGAGACUAGAACAUCUGGUAAACCAGCAAAUAUGCUCUUUCUCCUGUGGUUUGCUGAUCCUCUCUAGAAGCUGGGCUGUGGACCUGAACCUGGAAGAGAAGCAGGGAGUCAUCUGUGAUGCUCUGCUGAUUGCAGAGAAUAGCCCCCCGACACUCUACACUAUCCUUGGGGAGCAGGAUGAGCAGGGUCAGGACUACUGCACCCGCACUGCCUUUGCUCUGAAGCAGAAGCUGGUGAACACUGGUGGCUACACUGGGAGAGUGUGUGUCAUGACCAGGGUUCUCUGCCUGAGUUCACAGAACAAUAUUGAGACCAGUGGGGGCUCAGUCUCUCCUAUUGAUUACCCGAGUUCCUAUAACCUUGCAAACAUCCAGGAAAUGCAGGACUUGCUGCAAGCCCUUGUGAUUGUCUUGCUCAACUUCAGAUCUUUCUUGAGUGACCAGCUUGGCUGUGAAGUUUUGAAUCUUCUCACAGCCCAACAGUAUGAGAUACUCUUAAAAAAUCUCCGCAAAACCAGAGAGCUGUUUGUGCAUGGCUUGCCAGGCUCAGGGAAGACAGUCAUAGCCAUGAAAAUCAUGGAAAAGAUCAGAAACACGUUCUCCUGUGAAACAGAUAGAAUUCUCUACAUCUGUGAAAAUCAGCCAUUGAGGGACUUCAUCCAGGCAAAAAAUAUCUGCCAGGCAGUGACCCUGAAAACCUUCAUGAAUUAUAAAUUUAGGACAGAGAGGAUCCAACACAUCAUUGUCGAUGAAGCCCAGAAUUUCCGCACUGAGGAUGGGAACUGGUAUGAGAAGGCAAAAGAAAUCACUCAGAGAAUGAAAAAUUGUCCUGGAAUUCUCUGGAUCUUUCUGGACUAUUUUCAGACCAGUCACUUGCAGGAGAGUGGCCUCCCAGAUUUCUUAUGUCAGUAUCCAAAGGAAGAGCUCACACAAGUGGUACGCAAUGCAGAUAAAAUAGCUGAGUUCAUACACCAAGAGUUGCAAAAAAUCAGAGAUGACCCUCCAUUCAGCAUCCCUCAACAGUCCCUAAACAUGCUCCAUGAAUUUAACUGGUCCCAUGGUGUAUCAGGCACCUAUGAGCUUACAUACCUAAGCUCAUUGAAAAAGAUGGUGAGCUAUGUAGCAGAUAAGUGCGAUUUUUUCUUGAGCAAUGGCUAUUCUCUCCAAGAUAUUGCAGUGCUUUUCAGCACAGACAGGGAAAGGCAAGAGUAUGAGAAUAUCUUCCUGAGAGAAAUAAGGAAGAGGAGAGCAUCUCGGAUGAAUGAUGCCUCCAUCUGUCGUUCUAACAUGUUUAACACCAUCCGUCGAUUCUUGGGCCUGGAAAGAAGCAUUGUGUUUGGUAUUAAUCCCUAUACAAUUGAGCAGCCCAUUUCCCACAACCUAUUGCUCUGCCUAGCCUCCAGAGCGAAGAAACAUCUGUAUAUCCUGUAUCCUGAAAGAUAUCUUUCAGAAUACUACUGAAGGGCAUAGCCCAACAGUGGCACACUGAAUGGGAUAUAUGAGCUCCUAGGUUCAAUUGCUGAUGAUGAGAACGAAAAAUCUAGUUGGGUUCCUUCAGGACAAGGAGAAAGGUAAAGCUAAAACCUUGUUCUGUAGUUUAGGAAAAUGUAGGAAAAAAUAUUACCAGUGGAUAUUGUAACUAACUGAGGCUGAAAACAAAGUUGGAGAGAAGAAUGGCAAGGCAGUGUACACAUGGCAUAUGCUAUGGGAAUGUUGAGACCAUAAAGAUUUAAACCAUAUGUAAAGACAGCACAAUACAGUGAGCCAUAUCUAAAUCUUAAAAAAGACUUCCAUUUUAAAUUGGUAAAUGCAUUUAUGAAAAUAUUUUAUAAGGAUAAAGAAAAAGACUAAAAACACAAUAUUAAGUAGUACUGGUGUCUGUGCCCAGAGCUGAUCCAAUGCCACAGAACUCCAUACCCAAAUACUGCUGGGUGAGAGCUUGCAUUCCAGGAUUUCGGACAAUCCUAUGAGCACAGGAGGGACAAACCACAGUCAGAGACAACAAGACAAGCUAACACCAGAGAAAACCAGAUGACAAGAGGCAAGACCAAAACAUAAGCAACAGAAACCAAGGCUAGUUGACAUGAUCAGAACCCAGUUCUCCCACCACAGUGAGCCCUGGAUACUCCAACACACCAGAAAAGUAAGACUGAUUUAAAAAUCACAUCUCAUGAUGAUGAUAGAGGACUUUAAGAAGGACAUAAAUAAGGCUGGAGAAAUGGCUCAGCAGUUAAGAGCACUUACUGCUCUUCUGAAGGUCCUGAGUUCAAAUCCCAGCAACCACAUGGUGGCUCACAACCAUCCAUAAUGAGAUCCAACGCCCUCUUCUGGUGUGUCUCAAGACAGCUACAUUGUACUUACAUAUAAUAAUAAAUAAAGCAAAUAAAUAAAUAAAUAAAUAAAUAAAUAAAUAAAGCAAAAAAAAAAAAAGGACAUAAAUAACUCCCUUAAAGAAAUACAGGAGUGGCUGGGCGGUGGUAGUGAAUGCCUUUUAAUCCCAACACUUGGGAGGCAGAGGCAGGCGGAUUUCUGAGUUUGAGGCCAGCCUGGUCUACAGAGUGAGUUCCAGGAUAGCCAGGGCUACACAGAGAAACCCUGGAGAGAGAGAGAGAGAGGGGGAGAGGGAGAGAGAGAGAGAGAGAGAGAGAGAGAGAAAUAUAGGAGAAUACAGGUAAAUGGGUAGAAACCCUUAAAGAGGAAACACAAAAAUGCCUUAAAGAAUUGCAGGAAAACACAACCAAGCAGGUGAAGGAAUUGAACAAAACCAUCCAGGAUCUAAAAAUGAAAAUAGAAACAAUAAGAAAUCCCAAAGGGAGACAACCCUGGAGAUAGCAAACCUAGGAAAGAGAUCAGGAGUUAUAGAUGCAAGCAUCACCAACAGAAUAGAAGAGAUAGAAGAGAGAAUCUCAGGUGCAGAAGAUACCAUAGAAAACAUUGGCACAACAGUCAAAGAAAAUGCAAAAAGCUCCUAACUCAAAAUAUCUGGGAAAUCCAGGACACAAUGAGAAGAACAAACCUAAGGAUAACAGGUAUAGAAGAGAGUGAAGAUUCCCAACUUAUAGUGCCAGUAAAUAUCUUCAACAAAAUUAUAGAAGAAAACUGUCCUAACCUAAAGAAAGAGUGCAUAUAAACAUACAAGAGGUCUACAGGACUCCAAAUAGAUUGGACCAGAAAAGAAAUUCCUCCCAUCACAUAAUAAUCAAACCACCAAAUGCACUAAACAAAGACAGAAUAUUAAAAGCAGUAAGAAAAAAAGGUCAAGCCAGGCAGUGAUGGCGUAUGCCUUUAAUCCCAGCACUUGGGAGGCAGAGGCAGGCGGAUUUCUGGGUUUGAGGCCAGCCUGGUCUACAGAGUAAGUUCCAGGACAGCCAGGACUAUCCAGAGAAACCCUGUCUCAAAAAGCCAAAAAAUAAAAAAGAAAGAAAGAAAGAAAGAAAGAAAGAAAGAAAGAAAGAAAGAAAGAAAGAAAGAAAGAAAGAAAGAAAGAAAGAAAGAAAGAAAGAAAAAGGUCAAGUAACAUAUAAAGGCAGACCUAUCAGAAUUACACCAGACUUCCCACCAGAAACUAUGAAAGCUAGAAGAUCCUGGGCAGAUGUCGUACAGACCCUAAGAAAGCACAAAUGCCAGCCCAGGCUACUACAUGCAGCAAAACUCUCACUUACCCUAGACGGAGAAAACAAGAUAUUCUAUGACAAAACCAAUUUAUACAAUAUCUUUCCACAAACCUAGCUCUAAAAAGGAUAAUAAGUAGAAAAUACCAACACAAGGAGGGAAACUACACCCUAGAAAAAGCAUAAAGAUAGUGCUUUGGAUUCAACAAACCCAAAAGAAGAUAGUCACACAAACAUAAGUCCACCUUUAACAACAAAAAUAUGAGGAAGUAACAAUCACUUUUUAAAAAAUAUCUCUUAACAUCAAUGGACUCAGUUCCCCAAUUAAAAGACAUAGACUAACAGACUAGAUAUAUAAACAGGACCCAACACUUUGCUGCAAACAAGAAACCCACCUCAUUGACAAAGACAGUCACUACCUCAGAGUAAAGGGCUAGAAAACAAGUUUGCAAGCAAAUAGUUCGAAGAAACAAGCUGGAGUAGCCAUUCUAAUAUCGAAUAAAAUCUACUUUUAACCUACACUUAUCAAAAAGCAUAACAAAGGAUACUUCAUACUCAUCAAAGGAAAAAUCUACCAAGAAGAACUCUUAAUUCUGAACGUCUAUGCUCCAAAUCCAAGGGCACCCACAUUCAUAAAAGAAACUUUACUGGGCUGGAGAGAUGGCUGGCUCAACAGUUAAGAGCACUGACUACUCUUCCAAAGGCCCUGAGUUCAAGUCCCAGCAAUCACAUAGUGGCUCACAACCAUCUGUAAUGAAAUCUGACACCCUCUUCUGAUGAGUCUGAAGACAACUACAGUGUAUUUAGAUAUAAUAAAUAAAUAAAUAGAAA